AUGCCCGAGGACCGCGAUCGAUCGACAAUACCUUCCUGGGACGGCUCAGCCCGUGGAUGGCGGAGGUACAUCAGGGAAGUGGCGUGGUAUGUUCAGAGCACGGCGCCUCACAAAAGACGCCACUGUGCUGCGAUUCUCAUUUCGAAGCUCACAGGACCAGCGAGGCUGUUGGCUAUGUCGUGGCCGAUGACCAUCUUCGACCAAGAGGACGGGACGAGACUCUUCCUCCAGCGACUUGCUCAGUCGCCCUUGGUGAGGAAGUCGCUUCCGAAUGCAGCGGCGAUAUGCCAGCAGUACUUCUCGUUCAAGAGGAGCGUGGGCGAGAGCAUCGGCAAUUUCCUCGUCAGGGAGACGCUGGUCCACGAGGAGUUUGUGGAGGCGAUCACGCGCCUCUAUGAGGAGAAGCAAGGUGUGGCACAAGAUCAACGUGAUUUCGGCCUACCAAGCCCUGAGGCCGAUGCUGGUGAAUGGUGGUACCGAGGUGAUUCGUGGUACGGCGAUGAAGAGGCAACGGGAAAUGCUCCCGGAGAAGGCGAAGGUGCUACAGUUGCUGGAGAUGAAGACGCUACCGAAUCACCUGUCCAUGAUCAUCCCCGAGCUUCUGCGGGCUCGUCGCCGAGCCAUCGGAGUGUUCCUGGAAAUGUUCAGCCAGAAGCCGAGCCACCAGGACCCCUUGAUGAACUCAGCUUUGCGGAUUCGUUCCUGUUGGGAGUCCUGAGGGGAUGGCGGCUCUUACAAGCUGCAGGCCUCAGUCCGGAGGAGAAGAGGGAUAUCUUGAGUACGAGCAAGAAUUCCUUGGAGUACGAGGUCAUAGCAGCGGCUCUUCAGACCUUGUGGGAUGAGCAGCUCUUAGGGCACCGGCAUCACCCGUCUUCGCACCACCCGUACAAUGCUCACCACCUUGAGGCACAGGAGGAGGACCACUUGUACUAUCAGACUUCAGAGAACGAUUGGUGGUACGAUGAUGGCAACUGGUGGUACGACGACUACUACACCGACAACUGGUGGGAUUCCGAGGACUGGGUUCACGAGGGCCAAGAGGGUUUGCAAGCCACUGCUGAGGAGCCUGUGGAUCCUGAGGCGCAGGACAAACUGCGAGAGGCUCAACAGGCAGAACGUGUUGCCGAGAGCCUCGCAGCGGAAGCCAACAGGACGUGGGCCGAUGCCCAAAGGGCGACUCAAGCCCUGCGCAGAGACAGGGGAUUUGGAGCUCAAAAUCCCGGUGCAGGAGCUGGGCCCAAGUGCUACGCCUGCGGUGGCUCCCACUUUCUACGUGACUGCCCCCAACGUCGGCCGGGAUCCUUCAACGGCUAUGGCAAGGGGAAAUCCAAGAACUACCACGCGGAGACGGAUGACCUCUACCACAACUUCGCCGGCAAGGGCAAGUCCAAGGGAAAGGGCAAAGGAAAGAAAGGCAUGUGGCUAGAAUCUCAAGCCAUGUGGAACAAAGGCAAGGGCAAGACGAAGGGCAAGAGCAAGGAUGGCAAUCGAUCGGUCAAUGCGUACAUGGCCGGCGAGUACUUUGUUGGCGGACUGGAACUGAAGGAUUCGAAGGAGAUCAACUCUGCGGAUUCAAGUAGCUCUCCAGCCGCAGAAGUCGGUCUUCUUGACUGCGGCGCAACAGCCUCUGCAGCUCCCGAGGCGGUUGUACAGUCCUUGAUCAACGCCGUCUUGUGCCAUGACAAGAACGCUCGCAUUGACCUCGAUCAGUCCGCUCGGCCAUACUUUCGGUUUGGGAACGGCAAGUGGGGGAGAGCUGUGUGUAAGGUUACACUACAGAGUCGAGCAUCAGGAUCUACAAGAAGUUUCUCGUUGUACACCCUACCGAACCCUGCCGAGUACUAUCAGUCCAGCUUUGACAAGUCAGCCCUAGUGCCUAUCCUCAUAGGUAUGGACUUCUUGGGACCCAACGGCGUUGGCAUGCUGAUUGAUUUCUCCACAGGCUUAGCUAUGUUGUCCAAGGAGUCCAAUCCUCAGGUGUUUCAGCUCUGCAUCAAUCAGAAGGGGCACUACACCAUGGAUAUUGUCCACUACCUAACUAAUGGUCAGAAAUGCCUUGAAGGUCAAGCUCAUGUAGUUGUUCGUACGACCCCAACCAAAGAGACCUUGGACCUCUCACAGCAGAUGCUCGAGCUUUGGACUGCAUGGAUUGAUCUGAAUGUUGCUGACCAUGAGCUGCAUGAGCGUGAGCUUGAAACUUCUCGCAACAGGCUGUGGAUGUUGUAUCGUGAGUCUCAACGUGUCAGUGCUGCGGUUUUUCCUCAACAUCCUCUCCAAGCUCCCCUCCGCGAGAUGGCAGCCUCCACGAGUGCUCCCCCGGAGAUUCACGACGAGAUGAUCCUUGCGGCAGCCAAUGCCGCCAAGAAGGCGAACAACAAGAACCGGGCUCCUUCGCUGGAUCCGACGAGGCGGAUGCGAGCCGAUACUCGCGACCCAAGGGCUGCAAAGGCUCAGUGGCCGUGUUACGGAGCGCAUCAGCCAGCACCGCCACAGUCCAACCGUCACGGCCAGUGGGUGCACUGCGCGAUCUGCGACUACAGACUUCUGUACACGCCACGAAAGGGCUCUCCGGCGAACACUACGGCGACAACGAAUGGUCCUACUGUGAAGAUGAUGUUGUCGCAGCUCCAGCCGCUGAUGGGAGAUGUUCGACCGACGGCGCAGAUCUGCAAGCACAUGCUCGACAAGAUCACGGCCGAGGUUGUCUUGAACAAGGCGAUCGUGGCCCGCAAGGCGGAGGUGGCCAGCGCCGGGUAUCCUUCGACACCAAGCUCGACGUGGGACCAUGUGGAAGUGGACCCGGAUGCCGAGCUGAUUGUGAGCGAGAUGUCGCUCUACGUUGGAAAGAAAGUCUUGGCUAUGUCGGCUCUGAUGACUACGGCGUUGACGGCUAUGCUGGUGGACCUACAUAUGACAGGGCGAGACGGACUAUGGGAAGUUUCGUGUGGACCCCACGAUUGGCUCACCCAGGCGGCCGAACAACAUGGACUACAACCUCGCCGUAUUGAUCAUCGGAGUGGCUACGACUUGUACCAGAAGGAGACGUGGCAAGGACUACGAGGACUUCUUCGAAGGCGGCGUCCGUGCAAGAUAUGGUUCUCCCUGUCACCAGCGAGGUGGUGCAAUUGGGAAGCGGCCAACUACAACACUGAGGAGCUCAAGGUGAAGUUGGAAACGGGUCGUCGCAAGGAGCGACGUGCGCUAUGGGAAAUGAACCAGUUCGUGAAGGACGCACUACAAUGGAUCCCUGAUCUCCAGAUCUACUUUGAGUGGCCGCACCCAAGCUCUGGAUGGAGACAAGCACCCAUGGAAGACUUGGCGAACCACAUGGACAGCCUUGGAGUUCCAUGGCUACCGUGCCGAUUGGAUGGGUGCAACUACGGCAUGAAAGACACAAGGGGCCACUUCGUGAAGAAGCAGUGGCUCAUCCGGACUACAGAUGAGCGCUUCCACAAGUCCUUUAGAGCGAAAGUUUGUCCAGGAAACCACAAGCACCACAACUUCAACUCCGAUGAGAACCUUCACAGCAACGGGUUUUACCCUUGGAAGAUGGUGCAGUCGAUAGCUCGACACUGGCGAGAUGAACAGGCUCCCUCGCGCCAUCGUCAGUUGCUUAAGCUACAAGUCGAUGGCCCGGACCUAUGUGAUGGUGAUGAUGAACUUCAAGGACAACUACUUCAUGAAGAUCUUGUCUUGGAAGAAGAGAGCCCCGACCUGGAUUCCGUUCCGGAAGUGUUUGCUAUGCCUAUGUCGGCCAGCAACAAGAUUGCUUGUGAGCAUGUUGCGCGAGAAGCAAGGGCCCGAGGACUACUGGAACUCGAUCAACUACAACGCGUGCUCCUACUUCUACACGAAUCGUUGUCAGUCAGAAGGUCGAGUUACAAUGAACAUUCUCGUGGGACUAUCCCCAAUGUGAACAGCUUCACCUUUGGAGCCUACUCCCAUGGCAACUUCCGGGGAGUGACCAAGCUAACGGACCAACAUCCAGAACUGGUCCGCUUGCUCAAUGCUGUUCUACGUCAUCAACUACCUCGAGAACAAUGGUCAACAGUUAUGGUGACCUUCAAUGCGAAGUCUGCGCCCCACUGUGACCAUCACAAUCUGUUGACUACGAACAACAUCCUCCUGGGACUUGGUGAUUUCCGAGGAGGUGGACUCUGGCUACGACAAGAACCACCACCUGGUCAACCCGUCGUGCGUCGACGAAUGGCUGAUGGCACCAUGGCCAGGGGACACGUGAUUGACAUCAACCACAAGGUCACGAUCUUCGAUCCAAGAGUCAUGCAUGCGACUCAGUCAUGGAAUGGGUUUCGCAUCGGUAUUUCAGCUUUCACUACGAGAUUGGCAAUGGAUCUUUCCGAGGAGCAAUAUCAAUCACUACGACAACGAGGAUUUCCAAUGCCAAAACAGCAAGCUGAACUACAUGUACUACGAGAGAGCCAAGAGCAAGAACCCAGAAUUCCCGAUCCUUCUUCUGGUCAGGAUGGGAUGAUUCAAUCAGUGAGCCGAGAGCAAGAACCCAGAAUUCCGGAUCCUUCUCCUGGUCUUUGUAGUUAUGAUGCAUGCACCACGACUUUCUCUGGCGAACUACAGGCGCAGGAGAUCGACCCAUCUGUACUUCGUGAUGUACCACAAGCGGACUUGGAAGCCUGGAAGGCCAAGAUCAGCAAGAUACAUCGUGCAGCUGGACACCCCACGAAUAAGAAUCUGGCUAGGAUCGUGAAGGACGGUGGUCAUGAAGAGUGGAAGGUACAAGUUGCACUACAUCAUCGCUGUCCGGCGUGUGAGGCUCUCAAACCGGGCGGCACGAGUUCUGGAAAUAUACCACCGGCGACUACUACUCCGAUGUACCGAGCAUGGCAAGCAGUGACUGUGGAUGUGGCCGAAUGGAACAUCCCUGGGACCAAAAAGAAGGCCAAGUUUGCACUGUUCAUGGAUAUGGCAACGAAGCUACGUGUGGUGCAACCUCUACUGGUCUACGAAGUGCUUGCCAUGCAGGCAGAAUCCACCGAUGAAGUGAUCCAGGCGUUCUCGGAGAGAUGGUUGGGGGUUUUCCCAAAACCUGAGGUCGUGAUCUUCGAUGCAGCCUACAGCUUUGCCUCAGAAAAGAUGCACGACUUCCUGUCAUCCAUCAACAUUGCGGCUCACUACAUCGCGGAUAAGGAAAGUUGGGCCCAUGGUGUUUCAGAAGCAGGAGUUCAAGAUAUGAAACGAACGGCGACCGCAAUCCAUAUGGACUCACUGGAGCAGCACCCGUUCGUGACGCUCCAGUUGACCGCAUCGGCCCUGAACGCCACGGAGUACACAGCUGGCUAUUCCUCGUUUCAGUGGGCUUUUGGACAGAACUACAACGUCUCUGAUGAAGAUGUCCGAACCUUUGCCAGCAUUCCUGAUGACCAACGAGGUGAAUUUGCCAGGCUGGUGACUCAAAGACAGAAGGCCGAGGAGAUAGCACUGAAGUCCCGAUCCCAACGCAUCCUUACCAAGCUGUCUAAUUCCACCGUGCGACAGCCCUUGAGAACCUUCAAGGAAAUGGACCUUGUGAAGAUCUGGCGAAAGCUUUGGCCACAGGAAGUUCAUCGUGGACCACGGGGAGGAUUCAAACUUUCGGGGCGACCUCAUUGGAUAGGCCCUGGGAGAGUGGUGUUCCAUGAGAUCCUUCCCCAGCAAUCACCUGAAGAUGAUCGCAGGCACAUUGUGUGGGUCCUGAUUGGAUCACGUCUCUAUCGAUGCUCUGUGCAUUCAGUGAGACCCGUGACGGAAGUGGAGAAGUUUGUCUAUGAGACUUCAAACCAAGAGGACUUCAGCAAAUGGCGCUCGCUCGCUGAUAUGCUUCCGAAGCGCGAGUACACGGACCUACUGGGUGAAGAGCCUGGCGAAGGUGAAAGUGAACUUCCUGAACUACCUCAACGACCGGAUUCGUCAACGCAGGUGGCACCGACAAGGCGUGUGAGUCGAAAAACUACAAUGGUGGCUGUACCGCCACCCGCAUUCCCAGUGGAAGAUUCUGGUGGAGAAACGACAACUGGCCUGAACGACCAGUCCUCCAUCAAGCAGCCACCGGAAACCGAUGUGAACGAUUAUGACGACAGCGAGGCCAAGCGGGCCCGCAAGGAUGAGAACUGGGUGGAAAUUCUAUACAAAGAAGCCGAAAUGGAGGCCAAGUUUGACCUCUACGAUGCGAUGGCCGAGACGGAACUGUUUCUUCGGAUGGAGUUUGACCUACAAGCACCCAGCUCGCGACGGGAACGACGGUUCCUGGAGAACAAUCCCCAGCUCUACCUCGUUAAGAAGAUGAAGGAUGCCGAGGUGGUUUUAUCCAAGCUGCCGGCUCAUGAACGACCUCUCUUUAACCGGGCCAAGGCAAAGGAAGUGGACUCCUUUGUGAAGAACGAGGCCGUGCGGCGAUGCUUGAAUGAUCAAGAGGUACGAGAAGCCUACGAGACCAAGAGGAUCGUCAAGGCGAGAUGGGUUCUCACAUGGAAACUGGUUCCACCUGAAGAUCAAGAGGAGGCCAAACAAGAUGCAGCCUCGAACUCCCAGACCGUCCACACCAAGGACGGAACGCGCAAAGCCAAGGCCAGGAUCGUGUUAUUGGGAUUCCAACAUCCCAAUCUUCUGGAUCCCUCCUUUAAGACUGCCAGUCCUGUCCAGAGUUCCCUUGGGCGCAACCUCCUGUAUGCUAUGUCUGCGCAGCAUCAGUGGAGUCUUGAAGGACUUGACCUGGCGACAGCGUUUCUUCAAACGCAACCUACAGCUGCGGACCAGAAACUGUGGACCAGUGGUGUGGAAGAGCUCAGAGAAGCUUUGGGAGUGGGAUCCGAGGCCAUUAUGCGGAUCCUAAGGAACAUCUACGGCAGCACCACUGCUCCUCGUGGACUCUGGUUGGACCUACACGAGACGCUGACGAAGUUGGGAGGCGAAGCGGUUCUUGGUGAACGAUGUUUGUGGCGAUGGUCGUCAAAGGAACGCAAGGACUGCAGCCUUGGAGAACAUCCUCUGACCAUCGGAGCUAUGGGUGGUCAUGUUGAUGAUUUUCACAGAAUUGGAGACGGUUCCGAAGAGUGGCUUCGCGUGAAAGAGGCAGUCAACUCUGCGUACAAGUGGGGGACUGUGAAAUCUGGGAGCUACCGCCAUGCCGGCACGGACGUGACGACCGUGAAGGACAAGGCGGGCUUUGAUAAGAUCCUUGUGAACCAGGACUAUUACGUGGAGACGGUCCAGGAUGUGGCUAUCGAUCCAGAUCGCCUACGUCAAGAUGAUGUCAUGACCUACAAGGAGAUCGAAGCGUGCCGCACAAGCUUAGGCGUGCUGCAAUGGGUGGCCAUUCAAUCACAGCCACAAAUCUGCGCUCGAUGUAACUUACUGCUCACCGACCUGGUGACCUCUGGAACCCUGGCAACUGCCAGAGAAAUUCAAGAAGUCAUCUGCGAGCUACGUCGUGAGCCGUUCAAACUGGUGUUUCAGAAGUUUCCUACUGUGACCCACUGGUCUGAACUGGUGUUCGUGAGUAUGGGAGACCAAGCUCACAACAACAGGCCGAAGGGAGAUUCUACAGGGGGUUUGAUCACAUUGAUCGCUGGACCAGAAUGUGAAUCUGGUCAAGUAUGCCCCAUGAAUAUUCUGGCCUGGCGUACAUGGAAGCUAAAGCGCAAAUCCAUAAGCAGCAACGAUGCAGAAGUACAAGCAGUUCUUGAAGCCGAGGACAACAACUUCAGAGCAAGGUUGUUGUGGAGUGAACUACAUGGUGCCGGUCAUCAACUACAUGCCGGACCCCUACGCCGAGAUCUCGUGGACAACACGGAGCAGCAGGUCAUGACCGUGAAGGGCAUUGUGUGCACCGACAGCAAGGGCGGCUAUGAUGCUGUGGAGCUCAAUGAGAGCCCCUUACUUGGGCUUAGCAAUAUGAGAUCAGCUUUGCAAGCCUUCCAACUGCGGGGAAACCUGGCACGCACAGCAUGUCUUUUGAGAUGGGUAGCAUCGGACUACGAUUUGGCCGAUGCUUUGACAAAGAAGAAAGCCGAAUGCCGUGCUGGAUUGAUCAAGUUCCUUCGCUCAGGCUAUUGGUGCAUCAAGUACGACCCUGCAUUUACCAGUGCCAAAAAGGCAAAGAAGCAAGGUAGGUCCGCUGUUGAGGAUAUCGAUCGUCAAUUGUACAGGGAGUACGAGUCAUCACUGACCUCUUUUGGGGCUAGUGCAACAGGUAUGUUCUUUCUUGAUUUCAGUGAUGACUGGAACUCCGCGGGCCUCUAG